GGGCAGCCGGGAGCGGGCUCUCCAUGGAGGAAGCGGGCAGUGGGGUCCCCAAGGAGGCUGCGGGCAGCGGAGAGAUGGAGGUAGAGCUCCUCUUGGAGACAGACGGUGAACGGAGCACAAGCCCAGCUCAGGAAUCGGAAGUGCCGGGUGAGGAGCCCGAAGUGCCUGGGGAGGAUCAGGAAUUGCUAAUCAGAGUUCGGGAAGUUGAACCUGGGAAAGAAGAGGCUGAUGCUGACCCAGAAGCUAGCGCCACUGAGUCGGAGGACCUCCCGGAGCUCAGCCCCAGCGCAGAGUCCAGGGAAACACAGCUCUCUGGAGAGGACCGCCGCCGAGAGGGGGUGCCUGUGAAGGGCCCCAGCGAAGCCUCUUCUGAAGAGAGUAGCGGUGAUCAUGGAGGCGAAGAAGAGGGAAUGACAUCCGAAGAAUCCGAAGAGAACAGUGGUGAUGGGGCUAGUUCCGAAGGAGAAGGGGCUGCGGACUCUGAGGAAGCCAGGGAAAGCCAGGAAGCAGCAGAAAGCAGGAGCCCAGGAGAGAAGGGAGUGCAGUCGAGCACAGAGGAAUUGAGUUCAGGGUCCAAGGGCAUCCAGGCACAAGAUCCCGAAGAGGGGCAGCAGGAAGAGACGGAGGAUGUGAGUGAAGAAGUACCGUUGCGGGAUCGAUCCCACAUAGAGAAAACCCUGAUGCUGAAUGAAGACAAGCCAGCUGAUGACUACUCUGCGGUACUACAGCGGCUUCGAAAAAUCUACCAUUCGUCCAUCAAACCUCUGGAGCAGUCUUACAAGUACAACGAGCUUCGGCAGCAUGAGAUCACAGAUGGGGAGAUCACAUCCAAGCCCAUGGUGCUGUUCAUUGGACCGUGGAGCGUUGGUAAAUCAACCAUGAUAAACUACCUCCUUGGGUUGGAAGAUACUCGCUACCAGCUCUAUACAGGUGCUGAGCCCACCACCUCUGAGUUCACGGUCCUCAUGCAUGGGCCCAAGCUGAAGACCAUUGAGGGCAUCGUCAUGGCUGCUGACAGUGCUCGGUCCUUCUCACCCCUGGAGAAGUUUGGUCAGAACUUUCUGGAGAAGCUGAUUGGCAUCGAGGUUCCCCAUAAACUUCUGGAGCGGGUCACUUUUGUGGAUACACCAGGCAUCAUUGAGAACCGCAAGCAGCAAGAAAGAGGUUACCCUUUCAAUGAUGUGUGCCAGUGGUUCAUCGACAGAGCCGACCUCAUCUUUGUCGUCUUUGACCCAACCAAGUUGGAUGUGGGUCUGGAGCUAGAGAUGCUCUUCCGCCAGCUGAAGGGGCGUGAAUCCCAGAUCAGGAUCAUCCUGAACAAGGCCGACAACCUGGCCACCCAAAUGCUUAUGAGGGUAUACGGUGCUCUCUUCUGGAGCUUGGCCCCUCUCAUCAAUGUCACAGAACCCCCAAGGGUCUACGUCAGCUCUUUCUGGCCCCAAGACUUCAAGCCCGACACCCACCAGGAGCUGUUUCUCAAAGAGGAGAUCUCCCUGCUGGAAGACCUGAAUCAGGUGAUUGAGAACAGGCUGGAGAACAAGAUCGCCUUCAUCCGCCAGCACGCCAUCCGGGUCCGCAUCCAUGCCCUCUUGGUCGAUCGCUAUCUGCAGACAUACAAGGACAAAAUGACCUUCUUCAGUGAUGGGGAACUGGUCUUUAAGGACAUUGUUGACGAUCCCGAUAAGUUCUACAUCUUCAAGACCAUCCUGGCCAAGACCAACGUCAGCAAGUUUGACCUUCCCAACCGUGAGGCCUACAAGGACUUUUUUGGCAUCAACCCCAUUUCCAGUUUCAAACUACUCUCCCAGCAAUGCUCCUACAUGGGUGGCUGCUUUCUGGAGAAGAUUGAGCGGGCCAUCACCCAUGAGCUUCCCGGCCUCCUGGGAAGCCUAGGGCUAGGGAAGAAUCCAGGUGCUCUCAACUGUGACAAAACAGGGUGUGGCGAAACCCCAAAGAAUCGCUAUAAGAAACACUAAUUGGUGGUGUCGCCAUUCCUCUUGGUGAAUGAGCUUUCCUCCUGUCUGUCUGAGAAGUCCUGGUUCAUUAACCCUUUGAGCCUCACUGGUGAGAAGUUGGGAGUAAAUUCAAUGGUGACAUGGGAGAUUUGGGAGUACAUUGAGGCCAGUGGUAGGGGAAGGAACAUGGGUGGGGGAGAGAGUGGAAACUGUGAAUUAGAGGGUGCUUGUCUUAUUGCUUCAGGUAGGAGACCUGAUAAAGCUAGUCAGGUGACAGCUGCUUUCCGGGAGCCUUUUCUCUGGAGGGCCUUCUAGCAUGUGCAGGAUGCAAGAAGGCCAAAUAAGCUACAAGCAGCUGGAUGCCUUUUCCUUAUGCGCUGGAACAAUAGUGAGCGCCAAGCGCCCAGGGCUCCUCAGGCCCGUUCUGAUUCCUUCCACACGCACAACUUCUGUUCCCCAGCCCUCUGCUGCCUCCAGUGUCCAGGGGAACUGUCAGCAGUGGGUGGUCUCUUGGGCCUGACUAGACGGUUUCCUCGAGGGGUAAGGCAGGGCCUUCAGCUACUGGUCCCCAAAAUAAGGCGACUCCCCAGAGUUGGAUGGACCCCUCCUCCUCCAGUUCUGGCGCACACUUCUCAGCCAGUCUUGUGGUCAGCACUAAGUAGAAGACUCAGAGGUGACCGAAGUCGGGUGGGCUCAGAGGGCUCAUUGGUUUGCAGUGUCUUUGUCUGUUGCAUGUCUUGGAAAACUCAGCCCCCAAAGGUGUGGGCUCCAGAAGGGCAAAUGUCUGGCUUCUUUCCAUGGGGUCCCCUCCCUUUCAGGCAGUCAGCAGCCUGCCUCCUCAGGUUAAGAGUCUCUCUGCAAGAAUGCUUUGCAGAGGACUCCGCCCUCCUCACUUAGCACCAGGGCCUUGUCUGGCCUUUUCUUCUUUCCCUGAUGUGCUGUGUGUGUGCGCACAGACACACACGCUGCGGCAGGUGCAGUUGUUUCGGUUGAGCCAGAAAGGGCUCUGGCCACUCGGUGCCACUGUUAACAAGGCUGGACAUCUAGUGUCCCCGUGUCCACAUCCCACACCCCAGGAGAGCCAGGCCUUAGAACCCCAGUGAGUGUACAUGUAGGUGUUGUAUGAGGGAGAUGCCAUAUGUUAGAGAGCACAGAGAAGGGACUUCGGAGGGAGACUCCUGCCUGGCUCAUCUGUCCCUGCAGAGAGUGAGAGGGGGAGGAGGGAAGCAGCAGCCCUUUAAGGACAUGUGGUUGGGUGAGUGGUCUGUAUAAGCCCAGGAUACCUGGUAGGACCACCUGGGGAGGUUCUUCUCAGCACAGGGAGCCGGCUGUCCUGCGGACUCGACGGUGGGGCCUGGUCAGGUUUCACCAGCUCCAGGAAGUCCCCUCCAUCCCGAGGGAGAGUGAUAUUGAAGGUGGAGGGAGAGGCAAGGCCUGCUGGCUCAGUUGACUGGUGGCCCACACAUCCUCGGGACUGUCAGCACUCACAGUGAGUGGUGGCUGUUCUCGGCUUUACAGAGGACCCAGAACCUCUAAGAGCUCCCAGGACAUUCUCUAAAGAGAGAGGCCAUCAGCCUACGAGUUUGGUGACAGGGGCUACUAAGCUGGAAUCUGUCCUGAGCUUUUCUUCUUACGGAUACAAACCAAUCCAUACAAACACAAAAAUCACUCACCUUCUCUCUCCUCAACUCACUCUAAUGGGGGUCCGCCCUCCCACUUCCUUCCGUAAUGUUCCCUGAUGCUCACCAGCACACCUCUAGCCCCUCUGUGUUUCCCAGAGCAGGGAGGGAAGUUAAAACUGGCCUAACCCUAUAGGGACUGGCACAGCUGUUGACGUCACCCUUCCUUUGGGGCAAGUGGGUGGAAUGAGGCAAAUGAAUUCAUACAGUAGUUAUGUUUUCAGGGGCCUCCAUUAUCAGUGUGUUCUUUUCUUUGUUUUUCCCCUUUUGCACAUUUUUUUCUUCCAUUGAAUUUUCUUUUAUUAUUCCCUUUCUCCUUGAAUUUUUUGUGCUCCUCACUCCUUGACUCCCCUCUCUCCUGCCCAUCCACGCGCCUGCCACGGCAUCCAUCAGCCGUGUAGGAAGUCCUGGUUGGGGUCCAGCUCACUGGGUAGAGGCGGAUGUCUGGUCCAGUCCUGACUCUUUGGGGGGCAGCAGGGCCUUGGGGAAGUCUUAAGACCCAGAGAUCCCCACAAGAGGUCCAUCUGUCAGUACUGGUGCCUGAACGGUCGCUGUUUCUCUCCAAAGUGGAACCUUCCCAAUGUUCUUCCCAUUCUGAGUUCGACAGGGAGAAGGUCUCAAUAAAGUGCCAAUCUCUCUUUAA